ACCUCCAACUUUAGUCUCUCGGUGACUCUCAGAGGUGAAACUUGUACAUCUUGCAGCGAGACUCUUUUUUCAAUUGUUUUUCUUUUUUUCUGACUUCCUGCUGAUCACUUUGUGCCCCUUUUUUGUGCGUGGGACUGAGAAUAGAAAUUUUGAAAAACGCGGAUACAGGGUGCCCCUUAGCAGUGAACGCGUUCUAAGUGAAAACCAUUCAAUUGUUUCGCCCACCUUUCUGGGGAGGAUUUCACAGUGAAACAAGGAAGAAACAUAAAUUAAGAGUAUACUUUUGUGAUGCUUGAAACAUGCAUGAUAUGCUUAAAUUUUCCGUUUUCAAUGCAUCAGUUGCAGUAGAAUUGGAUUGAAUAGAAGAGUGUGUUUUGAAUGGAAUUACUGAGUGAUUCCUACGUGAAAUUGGUGCGAUUGAAGAGAAAACUUCGAAUGUGUGACUAAGUGCUGUGGAGUUGGAGUGAAAAAAACACAUACAAAAGAGAUAUAUAGUAUUUUCUGCUUUUUCAUCUAACACUGGGAUAUAUUAAGUUCUGUGUGAGAGAGAAAUCAGAGAAUAAUUCAUUGACCUAUUGAGUGGAUAGCAAAGAAAUAGAGAGGGAAACCAGGAAGGUGCAUUAUAAUCCGAUUAAACAUUGCAGAAGAAUUUUGCAAAAUUUUUUUUGAAGGAAAAUGCCGUCCCUCGUUGAAGCCUUGGAGCAAAAAUACGGUCUGGGUAAUUUAGAUAUCCAGACCCAACAUGAUGAGUCCCUGGUGUCGAUCUUUGUGCCAAAAUUACCGCCUAGAAUGAGUGUGCCAGAACUUCUAGUCCUUAAUGACUGUAACAUCGACAAGGCUGGUGAGUCAGAAGAUUUGCGGAAAAAAUGUAGCAGUGUAAAAGAAUUGGAUCUGGCUCAGAAUAAGCUGGAAAAAUGGAGUGAAGUCUUUGGUAUUCUUACAAAUAUGCCUCGUGUGGAAUUUGUCAAUUUGAGCCUCAAUCGCCUAGGAGGUCCUGUUGCACCUCCCAGUGAAUUUUCAAUGACCAGACUGAGGAGUCUGGUGUUGAACAAUACCCGCCUGGAGUGGGAGAAUGUUGAAUCACUACUUAAUCUCCUGCCAAUGCUGGAAGAGCUCCAUUUGAGUCUCAAUGACUACAAACAGGUGCUCAUUGAUACGAUCGAGGAUGACUUCAGUGAGCCUCUCGAGGGCGUUCAGCUGAAUGACGAUGAGGAUGAUGAUGAGGCCACAGAGGAGGACGAAAUGGCUAAUGAAGUAUGCACCUGUGGCUCAAAGAAUAAGGCAACUCCACCGUCAGCUGGUGCUUCACGGACUGACUCUGUAUGCUCCAUGUAUAGGAAGACGAAUGCCCAUGAAGGUGUCAGGAAGCUUCAUUUCACAGGAAAUCCUGUCACGAAAUGGCUUGAGAUUUGUCGUUUGGGUCGUGUUUUUCCCAAAUUGGAGUCUCUCGUGCUCGCAGACUGCCCCAUUAAAUCCUUGGAGACCACAAACACUGCCAAUGGUGCCGGGAGUGAUGACAACAACUGUGAUUCGCCUCACACGCAUUUCCAGAGUCUUACAUUUCUCAACCUGAGCAAUUCGGAUAUUCAAACAUGGGACGAUAUCGAUAGGUUGGCACGAUUUCCAAAGCUCAAAAAUCUUCGAGUACAGAAUUGGCCAUUGUGGGACAAAUGUGACUCAACAGAGCAUGAAAGGAGACAAUUGCUAAUUGCUCGUCUACCUCAGGUUCAGACCCUCAAUGGUGGAGGUGUCGUAGGGGCUGAGGAACGUGAAGAUGCCGAGAGGGCUUUCAUUCGGUACUACAUGGACAAACCGGAGAGUGAUCGUCCUGAGAGAUAUACUGAACUUGUAUCAAUUCACGGAAAAUUGGAUCCACUCGUGAAUAUUGAUUUGAGACCCGAAAAGAGGGUUAAAGUCACAUUUACGUAUGGAGACACAAGUGAGAUAAGAAGUGUCGAUGUCUACAGAACUGUAUUCGACCUCAAAACACGCUUGGAGCGUCUGGCUGGAAUUCCAGCGGCCAAGAUGCGUUUGUACUAUGUUGAUCAAGAACUACGUGACCUUCAGGGUCCGGAGGAGAUGAAGUAUCCUCACAAGCAACUCUACAGCUACAAUAUCCGUUCAGGAGAUGAGAUUAUCAUCGAUCGAAAGCAUUAAAAAAAAAAGAAAAGUAAAGUUUUUCAGUGUGAGACACACGAGUGAUUUUUUUGGGAUUCAACUCUCACUUCCUCGAUUAACUAAUAAAUAAAUCGUCAAAUUGUGAUAAUUUGUGCGUGAUUUGUAUCUCGGUGGUGGGUUGAUAUAUCAAAAACGAAAAAAAGAAUACGAAAAACGCGCAAAAUGCAGAUAAAGAAUUGACGAGAUGUCUUCAAAAGAAAACUGUACAUGUCUUUAACUUAAAAAAAAAAAAAGAUUUUAUUUAAUUUACUGUAAAACAAACAACUAAUUGUAGUUGGACUUAUUAGAGAAUAUGACUUACGAAGAGAAAACAAGGAAUUUGAGUGAAUGAGAGAGUAAAAUAAAAGUGAAUAUAGAGAA